UGCUGAAAGUAGAGCAGUUGAUACCGUGAAGGGCUGGAAAACAGCAGCUUCAGUCCAUAGAGAAAGGAGGAAGAAAAUCCAAAAGGAGAAAGAAGUGUUUGCCAUAAAGAUAGGUAAGAGCUGAAACACUUUCCUGUUCGACUUACUGACUCAGAGGGUUGCUAACAAACCCCACAGGUGUGGCCAGGUGACACACAUUAUACCUGACUGCUAGGACAUGUGCGUCUCCGUGAGAGGGGCAAAGCGAGAAAGAACCUGUUUGCUGUGAAUUUGAACAUCAGAGAAGGCAGGAGGACACUUUGUUCCUCCUCCCUGCCAGGGGCUGCUCAUGGCAGGACAGACAUCCACUUCAGACUGCUCUCAUCUCAUUGACCACAGCCAUGUUCAGGAGUUUGAGGUGGCUCUGUGGAUCAAGAUCACUUUGGCCUUAGUCUACAUCUGCAUCUUUGUUGCGGGCAUCUUGGGCAACAGCAUCACCAUCAAGGCCACCAGGAUCUUGCAGAAGAAGGGCUACUUGCAGAAGGAGGUCACCGACCACAUGGUGAGCCUGGCCUGCUCUGACCUGCUGGUCAUCCUGCUGGGUAUGCCCGUGGAGUUCUUCAGUGCCAUCUGGAGCCCCUUUUCUACCCCCAAUGGCAACAUUGCCUGCAAGCUCUACUACUUCCUCUUUGAAGCCUGCAGUUAUGCCACUGUGCUGCACGUUGCCACCCUCAGCUUUGAGAGGUACAUCGCUAUCUGCCACCCCUUCAAAUUCAAGUCUCUCUCUGGACCCCGCACGGUGAAGCUGCUCAUCGCCUUUGUCUGGGGGACAUCUGUCUUGGUGGCUCUGCCCCUGCUCUUUGCCAUGGGCACAGAAUAUCCCCUGGAAAUCGUCGAGGGCUAUCAAAGCACGACGGCCUGUGUCAGACCUACUCCCAGGCACCUCAUACCUGAGCUGAAGUACAACAUGACCAUCUGUACCAGCCUCUCUUCCAAGUUUCCUCUCUUUCAAGCCAGCAUCUUCAGUGCCUUUGCUGUGUACAUCAUAGUGCUGGGAUCUGUCACCUUCAUGUGCCAUAGCAUGAUGAAAGCCCUGAUGAUCCACAAGGAAGGAACUGUGGCAGUGAAGGGAGGACAAAAGCACCAGAAGUAUCUAAGAAAAAGUGAGAGUUCAGAGGGCAAGAGCUCCAGGAGACAGAUCAUUUUUUUCCUGGGGCUGAUCAUUGCUACUCUGGCGAUAUGCUGGAUGCCAAACCAGGUGAGAAGGAUCAUGGCAGCUGCUAAACCGAAGCAGGACUGGACUGUACCCUACUUCAGAGUGUACAUCACCCUCCUUCCCAUCGCUGACAUCUUCUUCUACCUCAGCUCGGUGGUGAACCCCCUCCUGUACAACAUCUCCUCGCAGCAGUUCCGCAGCGUGUUCCUGCAGAUCCUGCGCUGCCACCUGACCAUCCAACACGCCAACAGGGAGAAGUUCCUCAGAGCCAACCAGAGCUCCAGAGCGCGGAGCAGCCGGUCCCUACGCCCGCUGCUCUUCAUGUCGUCGAGGCGCAGUUCUUCCACCAAGGGCAACACCAAAGUUUUCCUAAGCACCUUCCAGAAGGAGCCCACGCCUGACUGCAGUCCACAGAAGCCAGGUCCUGAAUCACCAGAGCCCAGCCUGGAAGCAGUGCCCCUCGAGACUAGCUCAGAGCAUGGUCCAGACGCACAGAACGGCCUUUGUGAACAUCAAGUAUGACUUCAUAAGGCAAAGUUAAUGAUUAGCAAUGAACUUAAAAAAACACGGAAAUUAAAAUGACCCAGGAAAGUGACUACAUCUCAAAAGGAAUAACACAGAUGGGUUUGUUUCCAGUUAUGCAAAAAGAGCAGGAGUUCUGUAUCCUGCUGGGAUUUUUAAGUGCACACUGGAAAUUCAAUCUGCUAACUGAACUCAUUAGCUGCCAAAAAUAUCAGCCCCUCUCUCCACACAACCACUGAACUUCCCUCGCUGUUGACAGGGAUUUGGAAACAAACAGAAAAUAAUUGCAGUGUCUUUGAAGAAAGGAGGAGACAGAAUGAAUUGUGUCGGGGCAAAAAAAAACCAAAAAACAAACCACCAAACUUGCUUGAAGUUUAGCAAUACAAAAACAACAGAGUAAAUUUAAGAAGCAGAACAGUGGUCAUCACUUGUGCCCUUGGCACCACACCAGAAUUCCCCCUCUUUUUCGGCCGGGGUCCAUUGCAGAGCGGAGUGUUGCAACAGCUGAUGCAAACAGAGUUCACCUUCCCUGGAGAACAGAAGGACUGGUACCCAGCAGAGGCGAUCAGACACGCGGCUGAAGACGCGCAGGACUUGCGGUACAUGAUUCCUGUGACACAGAACAAAGGUUACUUAGUUUGAUGUGAACAUGGUUUUGCUUUACAACAGGGUUCAUGCUUGAAAACUGUCGUAAAACCAGUUUACAUUCCCAAAGCAGUGCUGGUGAUUAAGGCAGACACCUCAGUGGUGACACGACCAACAACUCUGCGCUGCAGGAGCAGCACAGUCACUCUGCUUUGGAUUUCUCUAGUUUGAUUCUGGUUGGAACCAAAAAUAUUACAGACCUGAUUUACAUAAUGUAUAUCAAAUGAUGCAUUUUA